AUGGCAGGCCCAUCCAAACCUUCUAUUCAGGGAGGAGCUAUCAUUGCGAAGAACUAUCGUCUCCUAGGAAAGAUUGGCGAGGGAUCUUUUGGAGUAAUAUUUUUAGGAAAGAACGUCGAAAGCAGGGAACAAGUGGCGAUAAAAAUCGAGGCAAAGGAAUCUAGCCAGCCUCAGACGCUACCAGAAGAAGCGCAUUUGCUUAACACGUUGCAUUCUACAAGCAUAGACGGGAUUGUGGAGGGCUUUCCACAGGUACUAUGGUACGGAAGAGAGUCGAAUAAUAACAUUUUAGUCAUGGAGCUUCUUGGAGCUAACUUGGAUCAGCUGUUACAUAAAGUAUCAGGGAAGUUUAGUUUAAAGACCGUGAUACAACUAGCUGAUCAGAUGAUUGACAGGAUCAAAUUUGUUCAUGAGAACGACUAUGUGCACCGUGAUGUCAAGCCGGAGAAUUUUCUUAUGGGUCGAAGAGACAAAACGGAUAAGGUUUACUUGAUUGAUUUUGGACUUGCCAAAAGGUUCCGAGACAAACGUGGCAAACACUUGCGCUUUCGACAAAUAGAAAAUCGUGAAAUCACCGGAACAACCCGAUACGCAAGCAUCAAUUCACAUAAAGGCAUGGAGCUGAGUCGAAGAGAUGAUUUAGAAUCUCUUGGUUAUGUACUGUUGUACUUCUGUAAAGGUUCUUUACCAUGGCAAGGCCUUCAAGCACGCAAUGAUCAAGAGAGGUUUAAAUUAAUAAAAGAGGGAAAACUUUCCAUUUCUGUAGAAUGUCUUUGUCACGAACUUCCCGACGAAUUUAAAGAUUACCUAAACUAUUGCAGGGGAUUAAACUUUGAGGACGAACCAAAUUAUGAAUUUAUAAAAGGUCUUUUUAAACAGCUGGCCUCGAAAAUUGAAAUUGAAUACAAUGGAGUGUUCGAUUGGGAUCAGAAGGCAGCCAUAAGUAAUUCUAAGGACACUGAACAAUUAGAAACCCUUGAGAGAGAGAAGUUCACCUCUAAGUAA